AUGUCUAAGAACAUCAAGACCAUCCCUACCGCAGAGUACGACGAGGUCGUCCGAGUCGUCCAGCAAUACUAUUGCGAGGGCUGCCACAAGGGAGACACUUCGCUCCUCAAGCAAGCAUUCCACAAGGAUGCCACCAUGUACGGCUUUACAAUGACUGGGGAACUCCUAGGUGGCCCUGUAUCCAACCUCUACGACUUCAUCAACCAACACGGUGAUGCUCCCAACAUCAAGACCCGUAUCGACGUCAUCGGCAUCACCCCUACAACCGCCGUCGUCAAGGUAGACAUGGAGCGCGACGCCGCCGAGAAAGACUACACAGACUUCCACACCAUGAUGAAGUUUGACGGCGAAUGGAAGAUUAUUGCCAAGGUCUUCCACACCUACGAGUCAUGA